AUGAGGAAGAUGGUGGCUUCGUUGGAUUUCAUAAGUUCCCUGUUUAUUCUUUGGAUAGGCCAAUGUUGUGCCGAACAAAUAGACACAGUUGCUUCAACAUUCCGCAGAGGAAAGGUAGAAGUUCUUUCAGCUAGAGAUAAAGAAUGGAUGACAAACACUCGCAUUUUAGUUGAUGGAGGAGAAUAUCUUGGCUUCCUACGGAGUGAUGGCAGUUUUUCUGUAAAUGUGCCAUCUGGUUCUUACCUCAUAGAAGUCUCCAAUCCUACCUAUGUUUUCGAACCAUCACGAGUUGACAUUACUUCAAAGGGGAAAAUAAGAGCACGGCGUGUGAAUAACCUGCAGCCUUCAUCUGUUAAAAGUAUGCCUUACCCGCUGGAGUUCAGAGAACGGGGCAAAGCCAACUAUUUCCAAGCUAGAGAACAGUUCAGAAUGAAGGAUCUGUUAUUUAGCCCUAUGAUGAUGAUGAUGGUGCUGCCAUUGUUCUUGGUGAUGCUGGUCCCUAAACUAAUGAACCCCUCAGACCCAGAAACGAAAAAGGAGAUGGAAGCCCAGAUGACUGCGUUGAAUGCAAGAGGAAACAAUUUGCCAGACAUGUCUGAAAUGUUCACCAAUUUUUUCUCAGGGCCAAAAAAGGCUGUAAAGUCCAAGUCCAGUGUUAGCAAAAAACGAUAAAAUGAGAGUUGGUUUUCAUAGAAAUAAUACUUUACACAAACUGUGUGAUGAUAACAAACGUGUGUUGUUUAUGAAAUUAAUAAAAGAUAUGAUGUCAGUAUAUUUAUGUGAUAGUUCAUGGGUUAUAUGCUCAUUUGUUCUCUCCAGUGUGGUCUUGCAUGAGUUUCACUGGAGGCAACUUGCCUUCCACCAGUAUGGCAUAUCUGAGAGAGAUAACUCAUCAAUAGUUGCUGGUUAGCACUUCAACACUGGCUGCCCUCAUGUAAGUGAAGAAUUCCUGAGUAUGGCAUUAAAUUUCAGUGAAAAUAAACUUGACAUCAUCUGUGAAAUAGGUCAGGUUGAAUUAAGAAAACCCUAAUCUAUCAGACGAUGUGUUCAAACACCAUCUGCAUUUAGCUUUGCAGCGAUUUUGUCCAGAAGUUUGACUUACCCUUGGUCUGGUUUGAUUGUGUCUGAUUUUAUCCACCAUUGAACCUCCCUGGUGUCGUCCAAGUAAAAUGGUCUUUACCAGGGUGAAAAGACUAAUGAAAAUUCUUAGAAACACGGUGUUUGUGUGUUUCAUGGAGUAUUACACUAUAUUGAUGGCUGUAUGGUGUACUAGAGGUAGUGCAUUUACGGAAGAAUGUUUUGAGUUGUAGUUCUACUGGAAUUACUUCUUACCGAAGUUUGACAGGUGGUUUUCGGAUUUUUUCUUUAUUCUUCAACUUUCUUCAAGAGUUGCUGAAACUUUAGGAUUUAUGAUUGAAACGCCUCAAGCAGCAAGUUAGGUGCAGUUUAACAGAUGUGCUGUUAAUGAUUACAGAUUACUAUGGCGUGUAGGAAGGCUGAAACUUUUCAUUAAAAUGGCUUCUUUCAUAAAAAGUGAUCUAAUGAUCAGAAUUAUAUGACAAGUGUCUUAUUUUUUUCUCCAUAUUUAGUUUUGUCUUCUGUAAUAUCUGUAAUAUCUGUUUUAUGAUUAAAUAUGAUCCUUUUUAUUCAUAUAUGGUGCAUUUAUUUAAGAAACGAUGUAUUUAUCUGUGUAUUUAUUUGUGUAAAUACCUGUACAGUACAGGUUGCACAAAGCUUUGUAAAGUUGCCGAUAAUACACGGGCUUUCUUACAUAUUUGUC